AUGGUGACUGUACCACAACCACGGGUUAAGAACGCGUUGGAGCCGGAGGUGCUUUCCACAGUGGACACGCUCCGUAAGGCUGGUGCCUCGAAGAAACGAAUCCAGCAGUACAUUCACGAGAACUCCGUAUGCACCCCCACCAACCAGGACGUGCACAACCUCGUGAGACGACUGGAAAAGCGUGAACACACCGCCUCUACCAGCGCAAAGUGGCUCAAGCAGUGGGUGCAAGAAUUCUCGGAAGAAAGUGGCAAUGUUGCAGGAAUUUUUGUUGACUCCGUACAAAAUAAGAAUAUCGCUACCUGCAUUACCCUCCAAACGGCGCACAUGCGUCAAUUAUUUGACUUUCUCCCUGAAGUAUGGAUGAUUGAUGCCACCCAUGGAACCAAUUCCUCCAAGUACAAGCUUCUCGUCUACGCGAAGACGGAGCGAGAGUACAAGCGAUUGCGGGACUAUAUGCAUUACAUCAUGGGAAUUGGUCGUCGAAGUGCGUCUGGUCGUACCGAGUUGGGUCCGGGUAGUUCUGAGUUGGGCGCUGGUGGUGCUGAGUUGGGUGCUGGCAGUGCUGAGUUGGAGUCUGAUGAAAGCAAUGAUGAUGCUCCGCAGCAUCCAUUUGAGGCGUACUUCGUGAAAAACUGGGACAAGUGUCGGAGUAUGUGGUGUGCUUUCGAGCGUCAGAACGCUGUCACGCUCGCUAACAACACAAAAAACCGGAUUGAGGCAUCGUGGAAGCAACUCAAAGAUCUGGUGGACUCAUUCAUGGAAGUUGAUGAGUGUAUUGUUUCGAUUAUGUACUACCGAGCCCAGGAGGAGAAGAAGUUGAUGGACAGCUUGUUCAAGCUUUCCGUUGUGCACGACCCCAACUCGCAUGCGUGUGAGCUCAUCUAUGAGCAGUAUGUGUUUGCGACUACACGGGGCAAGUACAAGUACAAGGAGGCGGUCCCUGGUGUCUUUUUGGUGCAAUACGUAUCGGACGAAGAGGACGCGCUCGAUGAACCAACGAGUAAAUACUCGGUGAUGAAGCGUGACUGGACGUGCUCGUGCAUGUUCAUGACGUCACGGCUGCUCCCAUGCCGCCAUGUCUUCUAUCUUCGGAAGGCUCUCGGCUUUGAGAGCAUCAUUCAUACCCAACUGCUACACCCGAGGUGGUUGCUGACGACGCUGCGCUCAAGCACCGACGCACCCCAGUUGCCUGGGGCACCUCUUGCUGUUUCUAGUGUUCUGCCGGAGCCCAGGGCAAGUUGGAACUCGAAUCGAAAGUUCCGGGAGACUAAUGCAGUCGCCUCUACCAUUAGCGAGCAGCUGAGCGGCCUGGUUCUUCAAGAUGUGGCCAAGCGUUUCAAGCACGGUGAAUAUACGGCAAUAUCCAGGAUGACGGACGUGGCUGAACCUGCAGAUGCUCUGCAAUUUACGGAGCUACCGGCUGAGCACCACGUUGCGCAAGAUCUUGACGUGUCUUCCUCCGCUAGUGUGCAGACCACCCAGUUGGGUAUGGAUGGAUCACCGCUGGGUACGGAUAGAUCCCAACUGGGGUCAUAUGGGUCACAGCUGGGGUCAGAUGGGUUCCAGUUGGUCUCUGAAGAAAAUCCGACAAACCCAGACGGCCUCGACACCUCCGAAGAAGUCAAUUCUAGCCAAGCCGAGAGCACCUUACCUGUGGCGGUUGCACCUCCAGUUCAAGCCAAGAAGAAAUAA